AUGGUGAUUGCUGGAGCUGCCGAGCCGUCGCCAGAGCGCGCUGCCGCCUGGUCGGCUGUGGUCGCCACGCCCCAUUCGGGCCCCAAAAAGUCCGGCCCGUCUGCCCCUGUUGCUGUUCCGUCCGGUCCGGCUGCUCCUCCUGCACCCCCUGCCGCUGCUGUAGAACCGUCUGUUCCUGCCCCUGGUCCCGAUCCUGCACCGUCUGCGCUACCCGCAAUGUCUGCUCCCGUCGUUGCGCAGUCUGCCCCCGGCGUUCCUGCUGCGCUACCUGCCGCUGUUGUCCUCCCUGCGGCAAUCCCCGCCGUUGCGCAGUCGCUGCUGGCGGUGUCCGCCACCACUGGCGGCCCGGCUCCCUUGGUUGCACCCUCAGCGGCGGGUCUGUCCGUGCCUGCUGUGGCACCGUUGGCCCCGGCAGGUCAGCCGUCACGACCCCAGUCACCUGACCGCCGCCCGUCACGUCCUCAUUCCCCCGCGCCUCACCAGGAUCGCAGGUCGUCUCGUCGCCGUCGUGAUUCUCCACGGCGUUACCAGCAGCAGCCUCACUGGCCUGCUCACCCCGGCGGUCAGGGGGAUUGGAGGGUUCCCCGCGGGCGCGGUGGUGGUGGGGGGUACCGCCCGCCGGUGACGAUGGCAGAUCUUCAGCGGGAGGUGUCGAGGGCGGUGCGCGAGGAGAGGGCGUCGCAGAGUCAGAGCAGCUCGAUGCGCGCCUCGCCGGUCCUUGAGGCUCCACGCCAGCCUGCACUCCCCUUGAGCCCGCCGCCUGUUGCCGCACCCCCUCCUCAGGUGCACAUCCCAACGGCCCCUGCACCCGCCGCGUCGGCGCCCGCCCCUGGAGCGCGUCUUCGCUUGCAGCCGGUUCCGCUUGUUGCGGGGGUGGAAUUUGUGGCCGCUGGUGGCGGCGUGUCUGCGGCGCAGUAUUCGCAUCCGGCUGAUGAGGAUCAGCCGCUCCUGUUCCUGGCGGAGGCGCUUCAGCCUCCGCAGACUCGUGUUCCGGAGGCGACGCUCGGCCAACUCCAUCGCCUCGCUGAGAGUCUUCACGCGCUGCUGCUGAUUCAGGUGGUUGCACAUUCGUCUCUCCCCGUGAUCCCUCCUGAGUCCUUCCGUGGCCGCCAGCGUGACACUUGCCUGGACGCGGCAGACCAGCUCGCGGUGCUCCUGGCGCCCGUGCUGGCUGCGCCCGCGGAGGGAGGCGCUGCUGCUGCGGGACAGCUUGACGAGGCUGUCCGGGGCCUGAGGCGGCACUUGCGCGCUGGAUCUGGAGCCGCGGCGAUUGGCGCAAGCACGCUUGUGGUCCGGGAGCUGUGGUGCUCCCUGACGGGCGUUCUUCACGCCCUUGGAGCGCACCGCAUGUAG